AUGGAUGAGAUAAAAGGCAAAGACAGAGUGAUUUUGGCUUUGGAAAAAGAUCUUGGUGUCCAGGCAGGCCAUGCACAAAAGCUGCUGCUUCAGAAAGAAGCUUUGGAUGAACAGCUUGUCCAAGUAAAGGAGGCAGAACGGUACCAUGGUAGCCCCAAGAAGGAACUUCCUGCUGGAAUAGGGGACAUCACUGAAAUGAUGGGAAGCCCGGAACAGCAUAUGGAUGAACGAGACAUACGGAGAUUUCAACUAAAAAUCGCUGAACUGAAUGCUGUAAUACGGAAGCUAGAAGACAGAAAUACCCUUUUAGCAGAUGAAAGAAAUGAACUGCUGAAACGUUCUCGGGAGACCGAAGGUCAGCUGAAGCCCCUUGUAGAGAAAAACAAGAGGAUGACCAAAAAGAAUGAGGACAUGUUGCAGUGUAUCCAGAGGAUGGAAGAAAAAAUUAAAAAUCUCACAAGGGAAAAUGCAGAAAUGAAAGAAAAGUUAUCCACACAGCCAACUUUGAAGAGACACACUUCCUUGAACGAUCUCAGUAGCACACGAGAGGAACAAGAAAUGGAAUUCCUGAGACUGCAAGUCAUAGAGCAGCAGCAUGUUAUUGAUGAUCUCACAGUGGAACGAGAACGAUUGUUACGCCCAAAAAAACCGAAAAGGAAAAGUCUGAAACCUCCAAAGGUGAGAGUCUGGCAGGGCCAGCGCAACCCAUUAGGCGACCUAGGCGGUUGCCUAGGGCGCUAACA